AUGCUAGCUAUUGACACUGCCAACUGUACCCCUCAUCUGGAUGCAUUUCGACAUGAUGCAGGUCUUCCAUCAGCCAUUCUUAUUGAGUACCUGCCAAAGCCUUUGGUAAUGAACUGUGUUACUUAUUCAAAAGAGCGUAUGCACAGAACUGUCAUCGACAUUCAGCAAGUUCACUCAGCUUUGAUUAAGCAUAAUGAUCCCUUCCCGAAGAACAUUAUCAUUAUUCCUAGCCAUCUUGAGAGAGUUAUCUGGAUUGAUGGUGAUGUUGCAAUUGUUUAUCGCAAUGACAUAUACAUUGGAAAGAACGGACGUAGCCGGUUUGAGUUUGAAACUGAAGUUGUUAAAAGCUUUGGACAGCUGCUUGAAGAAGAUCAGGAAGAGGGUCUGCCACAAAACACAAACUACUGCUAG